ACUCAACACUCUGAUCUGCAAGCACAUGAUGGGCAUUGGGCUUGCGAUUUCAGUGGAAUUAUGUUCAUUAUGCCUAUAUUGAUAUUUGCUCUUCAUGUUACUGGAUCACUCAAUACUGUCCUUUCAACAGAACAUCAAUGGGAGAUUUGUCGCUAUAUUUACAACCAUCAGAAUGAAGAUGGUGGUUGGGGCACGCAAGUGUCGACGCCGAGCACCAUGUUUGGAUCAUGCUUAAACUAUGUUACGUUGAGGCUUCUUGAUGAAGUGAAAAAUGAAGCCUUGACCAAGGGACGUGCCUGGAUUCUAUCACAUGGAAGUGCAGUUGCAAUACCACAAUGGGGAAAGAUAUGGACCUCGGUGGUCGGUUUGUAUGAAUGGUCUGGAAAUAAUUCGAUCAUUCCUGAAUUAUGGCUUGUCCCACAUUUUCUUCCAAUUCAUCCAGGACGAUUCUGGUGCCUUUGCCGGUUGGUUUAUAUGCCAAUGUCUUAUCUUUAUGGCAAAAAGUUUGUUGGCCCAAUUACACCAACAAUAUUAGCAAUAAGGGAGGAGAUAUAUAGAAAACCAUAUCAUGAGGUCAAUUGGAAUAAAGCACGUGUUACUUGUGCCAAGGAAGACCUUCGUCAUCCACAGUCAUUGAUAAAGAAUGCUAUUUGGACGUGUCUUACUAAAUUUUUGGAACCAGUGUUGAAUUGCUGGCCAAUUAAUAAGUUGAGAGAUAAAGCAUUGAAAAACCUCAUGAAACAUAUGCAUUAUGAAGAUGAAAGUACUAAAUAUAUCGGUAUAUCUCCAAUUAACAAGGCACUAGAUAUGAUCUGUUGCUGGAUUGACGAUCCAAAUUCAGAUACAUUGAGGUUACAUAUUCCAAGGAUCUAUGACUAUUUAUGGCUUGCAGAAGAUGGCAUGAAAGCACAGGUGUAUGAUGGUUGUCAAAGUUGGGAGAUAGCUUUUAUUAUCCAAGCCUAUUGCUCCACAGACCUUGUUAAUGAGUUUGGUCCAACACUUAAAAAAGCCUAUGGGUUCUUGAAAAGUUCACAGGUUCUUGAGAACCACCCCGACAGUGAAGCUUAUUACCGCCAUAGAUCGAAAGGUUCAUGGACACUUUCAACAGCAGAUAAUGGUUGGUCUAUAUCAGAUUGCACUGCAGAAGCACUUAAGGCAUUAUUGAUAUUGUCAAAUAUCUCUCCUAAUCUUGUGGGGGGUCCCAUAAAAGAAGAAAGGUUGUAUGAUGAAGUGGAUUGCUUACUUUCUUUCAAGAACAAUGAUGGUACCUUUUCCACAUACGAGUGUAAGAGAACUACAUCAUUGAUAGAGGUCCUCAACCCUUCUGAGUCAUUUCUGAAUAUUAUGGUCGACUAUCCAUCGGUCGAAUGCACAUCAUCGGUUCUUGAAGCCUUGAUUAUGUUUGGUGAAAAUUACCCAGGGUACCGCAAAGAUGAGAUAGGAAAAUGCAUAAAAAAUUGUUCCAUGUUUAUUGAGAAUAGUCAACGGAAGGAUGGAUCAUGGUUUGGCACUUGGGGUAUGUGUUUCACUUAUGUAACAUUAUUUGCUGUAAAAGGGUUAAUUGCUGCUGGAAGUACUUACGACAAUAGUUCCUUCAUAAGAAAAGCAUGCAAGUUUCUGUUGUCAAAGCAGCUAAGUACAGGUGGAUGGGGUGAGACUUAUCUUUCAAGUGAAACUAAGACUUAUGUGGAUGCUACUAGUCCUCACGCAGUGAACACUGCUUGGGCAAUGUUGGCUUUAGUUUUUGCUGGGCAGGUUGAACGAGAUCCCACACCAUUGUAUCAUGCCGCAAAAGAAUUGAUGAAUAUGCAACUAGACACAGGGGAGUUUCCCCAGCAAGAACACGUUGGAUGCUUCAAUUGCUCCGUGUACUUCAAUUAUGGCAACUACUGCAAAUUAUAUCCCAUCUGGGCUAUUGGAGAGUUUCGUCGUCGACUACUUGAGAAGAACUGAAACAUUGGAACAUGA